AUGACUUUUUCCAGUGAAGUAACCGUGUGGAGUCAUCUUCGGCACCCCAAUAUCCUUCCGCUUAUCGGCGUGGUUCAGCAAGAAAGAACUCUCUGCUUUGUCUCUCCGUAUCUAAGCCACGGAAAUAUUCGCAUGUAUCUCGGGAACAAUCCUGGUGCAAACCGGUCCUUCUUGGCGGUGGAUGUCGCACAAGCGUUGGAUUUUCUUCAUAGCUUAGAACCUCCCAUCGUGCAUACCGACAUCAAAGGGGACAACAUUUUGGUCUCGGAUGCUGAACGAGCAUGUCUCAUAGACUUUGGAUUCUCAACCGCAAAAGACACCCUACAGGUGCAUGUCACGAGUACAAUGGAAUCUGCACGUAGUACCCCGUGGACAGCGCCAGAGAUUCUUAACGGUGAUACCACUGGUCAUCAUUCGUACACUCUAAAAAGCGAUAUGUAUGCUUUCGGCGGAGUUUGCUAUGAGCUGUUCUGUGGUAAAAUACCCUUCUUUGGAUGUGCGGAUGGCACUAUCAUAUUCCGAAUAAUGACAGGGCAAAAUCCUGAUAGGAUUAACACGCGGUAUGUGGAUGAUGGUGUUUGGUCAUUCAUUGAGGAAUGUUGGAAUAAGGAGCCGACCGAAAGGCCAACAGCGCACCAGGCCGUAGAAUUCUUCAACUUUCAGGCGUCAGACGCUGGGGAGAUUGACAUUCGGCCGGCGAUGGAAUGGGAUUAUUCAGCUUAG